AUGAGGUCACAAAUCCUAGUAAGCGGCCUCAGCUUUAUAAUUCCUUCCUUUGCCUUAGUGGCCUACCAACCUUGUCUGACUACUACUGCUCUACCCCUCGUCACUGUCAUUGGUGGCCCAGAUGGUUACUACAAUGAAUACACACGGACAUAUCGAGAGUUUGGUUCGCAAGGCCUGACCAAGAAGAUAUACACCGUUACACAAACUUGCUCAGAUAUCGACUGCGAGGCACCGCCUAUUGAAACGGCUCCCCCGCCCGGUUUUACUCAAGCAAUAGUCAAGUGCAGUGCUUGUGGUGGCCAAGGCACUCAGGUCGCCACCUUGACAUUCCCUACCGAAUCUGUGGAGGCAUAUUCUUCCUCUGGAUAUCUUGUUGAACCUCUUGACCUAGCACAAGCUACAAUGGGCUGGGUCCAUCAGGUCAACUCGCCCCAAGCUGUUGAAACAACAACUGUCAACAGUGAUACCGGCAUGAAUGCCGAAAGUAAUCCCGCUACUCCGGGUUCUUCAGACCAGACCGGCGCUGAACCUCAAGCGCCUAGCAAUGGCGGCAGUCAACAGGAUCAGAACGGCAAUGAGAGCCUCGGCGAUACGAGCUCCCAUCAUGCUGCAACGGACAGUACAGGAUCUACCAAUGGCGAUGACUCGUCUAAUGGUCAGAAUGCUGGAGGCCUGGAUGGUACCUCUAGCGCAAAGGGAUGGCAGUCAGACGAAACGGGCAAUGGUUCUGGAUCUGGUGACACACCAGCAGGGUCUAUCUCGCAGAAUGGGCCUUCAUCUCCCUCCUCCUCCUCCUCCUCCUCGAAUGACUCCACGGGUUCACAAGAUCAAGAGUCGAAUAUCCCUGGCAAUGCCAAUGAUGCCACUGCCAACAACCCAGCUGAUGCUCCUGCCUCUGGUGGUACAUCUGGUGGAGGUGAACCUGUCAGCAACAACAACAACCAGCCAGAUGACACGGCCAACAUAACAUCCCCUUCUGGUAUCAAUGCAGCUCCUGGGGAUACAUCAUUAUCACCUGAUGGCAAUUCAGGGCCACCUUUAUCGCAAAACAACAGCCCUCCCGUUGUUGACUCGGACUCCAAAAACAAUGGAAAUGGCGACGACUCACAAGGACCUAAUGCUCCGCUCACUGUCGGUGGCGCAUCAUCUUAUAAGCUCAGUAUUACGACAUGUAUUAUAGCCAACGCGGCAUGCAUAUUCAUUGUAUGGUUAUUAUAA